GCAAUAGCGUGCACUCACUGUUACUGGAUCACAUGUUUUCUGUCCGAAGAAGAGCAGGGCGGAAGUUGAUUUCAUAUCGGCAUGAGUUAGGUUGCUGGGAGCUAGCAUAACAACCGAUUAAGAGAAAUGGACUUGCCUGAGGACUCAACCGAGAAGCGUGGAAGCAAGACGUUGUUGGUCCGCCAUUUACCAGCCGAGCUCAGUGAAGAUGAGAAGGAGGACCUGCUCAAGUAUUUUGGAGCCCAAUCUGUCAGGGUUUUCUCAAACUUUGGCCGUAUGAAACACACUGCAUUUGCCACUUUUUGCAGUGAAAAAGCAGCACAAAGGGCUCUUACCCGGCUUCAUCAGCUGGAGGUCCUUAAUCGAACACUUAUUGUGGAGUUUGCAAAAGGCCAAGAUAACAUCAUAGAAUUAAAGGAUCCACCAGUGUCAGAUAGCAGUAAAAAGUUGGACAAGGGAGCACAGAACAAACCAGAAACUAAGCAUCCCACUGUCUCCCCCAUCGACACUGGCAUUGCUCCAACUCUUGGGCUGAAAUAUCACCCAAAUCCCACUCUGAAGUAUUUGUACCCACCCCCUUCUAACAGUGUGCUGACAAAUAUAACACAUGCCAUCUUGUGUGUGCCCAAGUUUUAUGUUCAAGUUCUGCAUCUGAUGAACAAGAUGAAUUUACCAUGUCCGUUUGGACCAGUCACUCCCAGACCCCCCGUGUUUGAGCACCUCCCAGCUGCCCCACCCAUCCCCAUGCCUCCCCCCUUGCCUCCUGAUCUCCCCCCGACACCAGCUGAGGAGAUGGAGAUGUCAGCUGAUGAAGAAUCUGAGUAUGAGAGUGGAGAUGACGAAGAAAAGGAGAGGAUUGUUCGUCUGAUGGGACUGGUCAACCAAGCAUGCAAGAGACCCCUGAGACCAAAAACAUGUUCAAAAAGGAAAAAACCCAAGAUCAAGGAUCUCCUCCACGUGCCCAAACUGGACUCCCAGAGCGCUCCGGUGAUGCAGCCAUCAGAUGUGUUUGAGCAGCCCAACCCCGCCGGACCCAAGAAAAUAGAAUUCCACAUUUCAGUGCCAGAGAUGGCAGCCAGGGUGGAAGGAAGUAGGACGGCGUGUGAUAAAGAAAUGGAUCACCGAGAGGUUAACCUCAACAACAAAAUGGAGGCUGCGGAAGGAUUUGGGAAGAUCUACCCCAGCAUCCAGCCGUUCCAGCAAUGUGAGGAGCACAGUGACGAAGAGCAGGAUCUCCCCUCCGAUGUCAUAUCAAGAAAAGAGCUCGAGAAAGGACGUCUCUCAAGAGAUGAGAUUAAAAGGAUGUCCGUAUUUAAGAAUUAUGAGCCAGGUGAGCCGACCUGCAGACUGUAUGUGAAGAAUAUCGCAAAACAAGUGGAAGAGAAAGAUCUAAAGUACAUAUAUGGGAGAUAUAUUGAUCCCUCAUCAGAAACUGAAAGAAACAUGUUUGACGUGGUUUUAAUGAAAGAGGGCCGGAUGAAAGGCCAGGCCUUUGUAGGACUUUCCAGUGAGCAGGCUGCUGAGAAAGCCCUGCGGGAAACUAACGGCUACAUUCUCUUCGACAAACCCCUCGUGGUUCAAUUUGCUCGAUCAGCCAGGCCAAAACAAGACAAUAAUGAGGCCAAGAAGAGAACGAGGAAAUGAUACCAUUUAGAGAUGCCAAGGCUUGAAUUUGUGGGCCAGCAGAACCAUUUGUAUCCUUAUUUGACCAUAUCCUUUGGAGAGAAAUCAAAAGAAAAAGAGGGGAUUUUUAUUUGUGGCACCAACGGAACAUGUAGCAUUGACCUUUUAAGGAAAUUGUUCUCGAUUUACAAGGACGGAGUGCCAUUGUUUUCUGUCUGCAUUCAGUUAUUUUGUCUUGUUGCGUAAAUGUUGUUGAAAUGUUUUGACAAAUUUUUCUACCUCGUCUGGCUGA